CUUAUGGGGUGGUGAUACUUACAAGUUACAAUUUCGUGAUAUUGAAAAGCGAGUUGAUGGUAGAUUACAGUUGCGCUUACAAAAAGAAAAGAAUAAUCAAGGUGGUAACCAAUUUACACCUGUAAAAGAUAUAUUAUUGUAUUUAUCAAAACAUCCUUCUGAAUGUCAAUCAACUGAUGCACUAUUUUUAGAAUGCAUUAGAAAACAAUCAG